AUGAAAAUCUGGUGCCGGUUGUAUACAUUGUAUUAUACUCUGCUAUUGUCAACCGGUUUAAUUCGGGCGGAAAAUGUCGCUUCUUAUCCUGUUCCUUGUAUUAUGCGUCACUGCUGCAGUAGGCUACUUUAUCGUCAAGUUCAUCCUUAUUUACCAAAUUAUUCACUUCCUUUUCAGAAAAAGAAAAAUAUCGUUGCUAGUGCUAGUAAAUCGCGCGAGGAAGGAAUUACUACUGCGAAAGCUGUGGAUCCAUUGUCUGAAAACAGUAGUGGAAAGACCGCCGCUGGUAUGGACACGUCGGGAAAAGAAUUGGGUAAAAAUGCUGGCAAAAAAAAGAAGAAAAGAAGCAGUAAAGGGAAGAAAAUGAGGAAACAGUGA